AUGAAAGUGCUCAUCUCCUCAGCCCUUCCCAGGAGGGUGGCACGGAUGCCCCUCCAGUGGUUCUCCUUGGGCUCUCAGAACACCUACAAGCGGCCAAACCCCUCGCCGGAGUCCAUCAGACAGGUUAAAAACAUAGAUCUGUCCUGCAUGGGUGUCCAUCCAGUACUUGGGUGUGGUCUGGAAAAAAUGGAACUGGAGUGCCUUCAAAUAGUCGAUGCCAUCAAGAGCUACAAAUCCAAAGCGACCAUCUUCGAAAUCAACUCCAGUAGUAAGACACCAGCCAGUGAGGUGAUGCGGGCCAAACGCUCUAAAGACACUCGGCUAGUGGACAAAUUCAGCAAGCAGAGAGAGGACCGAGCCCUAGAAAGCAGGCUGCAGCAGCCAAUCAACCCCACCACUACUGCUGACUGUGACAUCACAGAAAAGGAUGAGAGUGAUCUAAAUGGGGUGUUUUCAGAGGUGGUAGGUGGUAAAAGAAGAGGUCAGCAGGAAGAUGGCGAAGAGCGACCAAAGACCAAGAAAAAGAGGCAGUCAGGCAAAGAUGAAGAGUAUUAUAUCCCUUACAGACCUAAAGAUUUUGACUCUGAGAGAGGGUUGAGUCUCGGUGGAGAGGGCAGUGCUUUUGAACAGCAGGCCUCUUCAGCUGUCCUUGAUCUCAUGGGAGAUGAAGGCAAUCGCCUUAACCAGCAGAAGAAAAUGAUGAUAUGGGACCGUAAGAGGAAGCGUUUUGUGAGAGAAACGGGAAAAGAAGACCAGAAGAAGAAGAUCAAAACAGACAGCGGUCAGGUUAUCAGUAACAAGAAGAACAGGAAGAACUUUUAUGAGGAGUGGAAGAAAAAAUACAAGAUUGAUGAUACAGGAUCUGGAUCAGAUGGAGAAACAGGCGGAGGAGGCAGGAAGCCAGCAAGAGGUAGGAAGGCAUCAAAAUGA